AUGCUGAGUCCAGAGAUGGAGUCGGAUCUAAAGGCCAAAGAUCCUCGGCUCUGGCAGCGCCUGCAGACACAGCUAGGGCUGGCGGUGCAGGCAGUCACCCUGUUGCUGGUGGUCGGCACCUACUCAGCGUGCCCCCUCACAGUGUCGUGGGCAAAGAUUGUGGGUUUUGCAGACGGCGUGGCGAUCAAAGGGCGUCCCUUUAAGGAGGGCUCCGUCAUCGUGGCCUCCUGGCUGCUAAUCGCCACAGUGGGCUUGCUGCUCAGCGCUGCCACAGGCGGGCGGCGUCACGUGAGGCGGUGCUUCGACUUCCGAUCGAUCAUCACCUUCGCACCUGCGGGGAUUGGCUGGGCAAUGGCCGAUGCUUGUGAGGUAAUGGCUGUGGCGCGGAUUGAUCCUGCAACAUAUGGGGUGCUGAGCCAGGGCCGCCUUCUCUCGAGCGCAGCAGCUGCAUGGCUUUUCUGCGGGCUGCAGCAGAGCGGCCUCCAGUGGGGUAUCCUGGCCUGUCUCUCCUGCAUUUGCAUGGCUUAUUGCCUCACUCCCGACCAGUCCCAGCCGAACGCAGAGCGCCUCUUCGAGUGGCGGUUGCAUCACGAGAGCGUCCAGAUCACGGAGCAACUUGUGGGGGCGCUCUUCGCCAUGUGUAAGGUAAUGCUCUCAGUGCUCAGUUCCGUCUACGUGGAGAUGUGUUUCAAGUCCGGCGCCGGCGAGCCCACGCGGCUCCACGUUCAGAUGACGCAGGUCUCUUUCAGCAGCAUCAUCGCAGCCACGACCGCAUACCUUUUCAUAUGCGGGGUGCAGAACGAAGAUCCGACCCAAUUUUUUAGCGGGCAGGACGGAUCGUGGUCGAGACGGACCUUGAUCGUGGCUGCAAUGUAUUGCUGGCGGGAGUGGAUAUGCAGCUACUUGUUCUUGAACUUUGUGCUCGAUAUGACAAUAAGCCUGCACCAGCUUGCAGCAUGCACUUGUGCAGGUCCUCAUCUCAUGAGCAGCGUUCAUUCCUUACACUAG